UAUUUUAUUUUUAUAUCAGGAGAAGAGAACUUCCUCUUUUGGUGCCGUCUUCUCCACAGCAGCUUGAAGCUGCUCGGGAGAGGAGAGGAGAGGAGAGAAAGAAGCUCUUCCAGCGGACCAGGGAGGGAGGGAGAGAGAGAGAGAGAGAGAGCGUGGUGAGGAAUCCCAGCAGCCCCAGGAGAGUGAGAGCCGGACCGGCUGGACCCCCGGAGGAGGACCCGAAAGUGAACCACGUUGCCACGGGAGAGGCCUCACUUCAGGGCUGCAGUAUGUUCACCACAGUGAAGGCCUUCGAGGGGCAGCAGUACUCCACCCUGAAGAGGCAGUGCUUGCAGAGUGGCCUGCUCUUUGAGGACCCCCGCUUUCCUACCUUUGACAACUCGCUCUUUUACCAGGGCAACAGGAUCGGACGUGUAGUCUGGAAGAGGCCUCGGGAGCUGUGUGAGGACCCGCACCUGUUUGUAGAUGGCAUCAGCGCACACGAUUUACAUCAGGGACAGCUGGGUAACUGCUGGUUUGUUGCGGCAUGCUCCAGCCUGGCCUCCAGAGAGUCUCUGUGGCAAAAAGUUAUUCCCGACUGGAAGGAGCAGGAGUGGGAUACAGAGAAGCCAGAAUCGUAUGCUGGGAUUUUCCACUUUCGCUUCUGGCGCUUUGGUGAGUGGGUGGAUGUGGUGAUUGAUGACCGGCUACCGACGGUGGACAACCAGCUGGUCUACUGCCACUCCAACGAUAGCAACGAGUUCUGGAGUGCCCUGGUGGAGAAGGCCUAUGCCAAGGUUUAUGGCUGCUACGAGGCUUUGGAUGGGGGAAACACGGCUGAUGCAUUAGUAGAUUUCACGGGGGGGGUGUCAGAGCCUGUGGACCUGCUGGAGGGUCAGAUGGCAACAGACGAAGUUGCCCGAAACCAGCUGUUUGAAAGAGUUCUCAAAGUCCACAACAGAGACGGUCUUAUCAGCUGCUCCAUCAGGGCAACCACAAUAGAGGACAUGGAGGCACGGCUGGACUGCGGCCUGGUCAAAGGCCACGCCUACGCCGUGACAGAUGUACGGAAAGUGCGGCUAGGUCACGGACUGCUAGCCUUCUUCAAAUCCGAGAAGCUGCAGAUGAUUCGCAUGAGGAACCCCUGGGGAGAGAAGGAGUGGAGCGGCCCCUGGAGCGACAGUUCGGAGGAGUGGAACAAGGUGAGCAAGAGCGAGAGAGAAAAGCUGGGUGUCACCGUGCAGGACGACGGCGAGUUCUGGAUGACGUUUGAUGACUUCUGCCAGUACUUCACUGACCUGAUCCUGUGCCGCCUCAUCAACACCUCCUACCUGAGCAUCCACAAAACCUGGGAGGAGGAGGUUAUGAGGGGCUCCUGGGUCCACCGCAAUGACCCCCUCCGCAACCGGUCCGGUGGCUGCAUCAACCACAAGGCUACCUUCCUGCAGAACCCUCAGUACGUGUUUGAUGUGAAGAAGGUGGAGGACGAGGUGCUGAUCUGCUUACAGCAAAAAGAAAAGAGAGCCACACCCAAAGACGGGAAAGGGGAAAACCUCGCCAUAGGCUUUGAUAUUCACCGGGUGGAACUAAAUCGUAAGUACCGUAUGCACUCAGCCCAGCAGAAAGUAGCGGGAUCCAUCUACAUCAACUCGCGCUGCGUCUUCCUCAGGAAGGAGUUGCCGGAGGGCCGUUACGUCAUCAUUCCCACAACCUUUGACCCCAGGCAGCAGGGCGACUUCCUGCUCCGUGUCUUCACCGAUGUGCCUUCAGACUGCAAAGAGCUGACUCUGGACGAGCCUCCUCAGACGUGUUGGACGGGGAUGUGUGGCUACCCUCAGCUGGUCACUCAGGUCCAUGUACUAAAUGCUGAUGGUCUGCAGGGACAGGAAUCCAAUGGAGCUGUAAAUCCGUACGUGAUCAUCACCUGUGAAGGAGAGAAGGUCCGUUCACCAGUUUAUAAGGACACACGGUGCCCAAACUUUGACAUAAAAGGCCUGUUCUACCGCAAGAAACCCAAAGAGGGCAUCCACAUUGAGAUCUACAACAAGAACAUAAUUGUGGACACCUUCCUGGGACAGGUGAUCCUGUUCAGUGAUCCCAACGAGCGCCAGGAACAGCACACGCUUCACCUCCGCGACAAAGGCAACCGCCAGGACAGCGACCUCCCGGGCACGCUCACUGUGCGCCUCAUCACCUCGACCGCGCUCACUAACAUCUGAUGCGAUCCUUUAUAUAAUUAUGAAGAGUAACACUCAAGGUGGUGUUCAAUCAUGUCCACCGUUGUCUGCCAUUGAUCCUCCAACCAUGGCGGGAACUCACUGUGUCUGUUUUUUCUUCUGUCUCUGAUUGUUUCCCUAUUUCCUAUUGCUUCUGCAUUUAAAUUCAGCUUUGGAUCAAGAGUGUCCAUCGACAAUGUUUGGGGUUUGCAUUUAACCCUCCUGUUGUCCUCGGGUCAAAGUUGACCCCUUUAAAAAAAUGUCUCUAUCCGAAAUAUGGGUUUCUUUUUACCUAAAUUACCACAAAAAAGGGUUUGGAUUCCAUAUAACUCUCUUUGCAAAUACAAUUGAUCACUUUCAUUCCUGACUAAACUCAUCUGUACGUUCCUCUGAUCUUAAGUAUUAGUCAAAAUAAUUCAUCAUUUCGGCUUUUUUAACUCAAACAUUAGGUAUAAUUCUAUAUAAAUGAGGGUUAUUGACAUGAAUUCCAAAAAGUACUAUAAAACUAGUGGUAGUAAGGUGGAGUUAGUGAAAAAAAAAAAGUCAGAAAAAGGGAAGAAAAUGUCAAAUUUGUGUCUGUUUUUGACCCAGGAGGACAACACAAGGGGAUAAUAACUUUGAACACAUUCUUGCCAAAAUUGUCCCAUUAUUUAAUGUUUGCUUCAGAAAUUGUUUCUCAAAGUUUCAUUGCAAGUUUUGUAGCCAGAAUCUCUAUCAAUUACUAAGGUCCAGUUGAACUGAUUUAGGCUAAUAUUCCUAAAAAUCAGUUAACACUCUGACCCAAAUCUACAAACUAUCUUUCUACAUAUUGUUAUAUUCAAACUCACAAACAGACACACAUGCAGACAUGUCUGCACUCUCCAUGCAUGUGCCAAUGUUUCCAAGGGCUAUGCAUUGCCUUAAGCUUGAGUCGGUCUCUCCACCUUGGGGAGGCGGGGGGUAAUGUCAAAUACUCUUCUCCAUCCGCUGUUCUCAGUGUUAGUACAGCCUCCAUUUCUGUUCCUGCUUUUUCCUCAUAGUUUUGGUUUCUAUCUCCUAUAUAUUAACAUAAUGUAUACUCUUUUAUAUCUGUGGAUAAUCUCCCCACCCAGACACCUCAAAAUCUUCACCAGUUUGCCAGUGCUUUGGUGAGCAUGCAGCACUGUCUGUCACUUUUUAUUGUGGACUUUACAAAGUAAAGCCAACAGCAGCUAUUCUCUCCCUCUUCUUAACUGAGAGCUUUUCUGUGUUGUUCUGUGAGCGUGCUCAUGUGUAAAAUCUUGCCUCCCGUCGUCCAUCACUAGAACCAUUUCAAACUCCCCGAGACGCUUUCUGCCGGUUGCUAUGGAUGAUCUCAAAACUGCAUGGCUUGAAAAAAACUUUUCGCCUGUGCCGCAUAUUUCUCCGGUCGUAGCUUAGCAGCCGGUGCUUUUGAUAGUGCUACCCUUCCUCUUCGAUGCCCUGUCAUGCGUACACCUUCCCAGUCCAGUGGAGUGCAAAGAUUCACCCUGACAUAAUCAAGUGCUUUAUGGGACCAAAGAUGAGCCACCGUUCUCUGAGUCCCUUUCGGACUGCCCUGGCCCAGCCUGG